UCGGCCGCCCGACGUCAUCGAUGGUCGGCUUCCGGGGUCGCGUCGAUCCGUUUGUAAAGGACCGCGACGCGUGGGUUCGUCGCGUAAACAAACAAACAAACAAAGGGUCGAACAAACAAACAUUAAAAUCAACAAAGGGGAACGAUUCCACGCCGCCUAUCGAAGCGCAGCGCUGAGGCCCGAGGCGUCAAGUGUAUGGGGGUGGUGGAAACCUAAGAAACGCGGCAAGUGAUUGUCGAUUCGCGAACAGGAUCGAUACGGAGCUUCUACAAAAAUCGAAUCUCGCUCAUCGACAACACGGCGUUGGUCAGUCCGAUUGGAGUGCUGCCCGUUCGAAACGCUGCGUUCGUGGCCAUGCCAGGCCCCAAGCAGCGUCCUUCCCGCAAGGUGGCGGCGGCGGCGGCGGCGGCAGCCGGCGGCACUCGCCCCGCCGACGACGACGAUAACGGCCCGGCGACGCGACGGACGGGCGCCGUGCCUCGGCCCACGAGGAAAGGGGCCGCCCGGCGCCCGAGCUGGGACAUCGGCGGCGCGCUGCUCAACGUGGCGAUAGUGCUGGGCGCCGUGAGCCUCGCCUGGUUCUGCUGGGCGUCGUACGUGCGCUGGCGGCUCACGGCGCGCCUCACCACGCCGCUCCCCGCCGAGCCGGCCGUGCCGCAGGGCUCCUCCCUCCCCGCGGCGUCGCCCGACCGCUUCUGGGGCUCGUACCGGCCGGGGGUCUACUUCGGCAUGAAGACGCGGAGUCCUCGCUCGCCCGUGGCCGGCCUCAUGUGGAUGGAGCAGACGGCAGGAGGUCGCGUGGGGCCCCUGCGGCACACGUGCGAGCAGGGUGACGCGCUGGCGCGCUACGGCUGGCUGACGCACGACGGACGCCACUUAGGCGUGCACGAGGCGCUGGAGCGCGACUUCUCGGUGCGCGCCGCGUUCGUGAAGCGCGCCGGCGGGGCGCACGGCGGAGACUGGAGCUGGCGCGUCACCGUCAAACCGCGGGCGUCGGUGGAGGCCGCUCCGCUCGUCUCGCUCCUCGUCUACGUGGCCACGGACGGCCAGGGCGUCCUGCGACCCCGCGUGGAGCAAGGGGAGCGCCUCGCGGCGGUCGACGGCUCGUCGGAGGAGCUGGGAGACUUCCGCGUCACCUUCGCCGCGCCCACCGCGCCCAAGACGAACGAUGCCAAGUAUGCCAGGUACAACAGCCUGCGGGCGCCACUGGGGGGGCUGGAGCGCGUGACGGAGGUGGUGCGCGCCAGCCUGAGCGGCCGCUUCGUGUUCGGCCCGGACGACGGGGAGGAGCGCCGCUACGUCGUCGCCGUGGACGGGAGGCAGCUGGGCGCGUCCGAGCCGAGCGACGGCCACGCCUCCACGCUCGUAGUGCACCAGCUCACGGCCAGGGCGCCCUUCCAGAUGGAGGUGCUCUUCGAGUCGGGCAGCGUGGAGCGGCGCGACGGGGCGCUGGCGGGCGCCGCCCUCACGCGGGAGCUCGCCGCCCGCCAGGCGGCGUUCGACGCGCGCUUCGAACGCGCCUUCGGCCUCGCGGGCGCCAAGGGCUUCCCGCCGGCGCAGGUGGCCUUCGCCAAGGCGACGCUGAGCAACGCGCUGGGCGGCGUCGGCUACUUCUACGGCCGCUCGGUGGUGCGCUCGCCGCUCGCGGACGAAGGGGCCGCGCUCUACUGGCCCGCGCCGCUGCUCACCGCCGUGCCGUCGCGCUCCUUCUUCCCGCGCGGCUUCCUGUGGGACGAGGGCUUUCACCAGCUGCUGGUGUGGCGCUGGGACGCCGAGGUGGCGCGCGACAUCGUCGCCCACUGGCUCGACCUCCUCAACGCCGACGGGUGGAUCCCGCGCGAGCAGAUCCUGGGAGCGGAGGCGCAGAGCAAAGUCCCGGCUGAGUUCGUGGUGCAGCACAGCCAGAACGCCAACCCCCCCACCUUCUUCCUGACGCUGCGCUCCUCCGUGGCGGGGCUGGGCGCCGGCUCCGUGUCGGACGAGGACUCCGCGUUCCUGCGGCGAAUCUUCCCGCGCCUGCGCGCCUGGUUCGAUUGGUACAACGUGACGCAGAGCGGGCCCGUGCCGUACUCGUUCCGCUGGAGAGGACGAGACGCCGACACCAGCCUCUUCCUCAACCCCAAGACCCUCACGUCUGGCCUGGACGAUUACCCACGGGCUUCGCAUCCCUCCGAGCAGGAGCGCCACGUGGACCUGCGCUGCUGGAUGGCGCUGGCAGCCGGUGUCAUGGCCGACAUCGCUCGCACCAUCGGGGAACCCCACCAAGUGUACGCGCGAAUGCACCGUGAGCUGAGCGACAACGACAUUCUGGACGCGCUGCACUGGGCCGAGGAGCUGCAGGCCUACGCCGACUGGGGCAACCACACGGAGGCCGUGGCGCUGGUGCGCGAGAGGGUGCCACCCGUGCCCGGGCAGCAGCAGUCACGCGCGCCGCCGCAGAUGCGACUGGUCCGCGCCGUCCGCCGCGCGCCCAGCGAGCGCUUCGUCAACGCGCUGGGCUACGUGAGCCUCUUCCCCCUGCUGCUCGGCACCGUCGAGGCCGACUCCCCGCGCCUGCCGGCGCUCCUCGACCUCCUGCGCGACGAGAGCCGCAUGUGGACGCCGUUCGGCCUGCGCUCGCUGUCGCGCUCCGACCCCCUCUACCAGAAGCGCAACACGGAGCACGACCCGCCCUACUGGCGCGGCGCCGUCUGGGUGAACGUCAACUACCUGGCGGCCCGCGCGCUCCACCGCUACGCUAAACUCUCCGGGCCGCAGCAGCGGCGCGCCGGCGACAUCUACAACAGCCUGCGCGAGAACGUCGUCGGCAACGUGUACCGGCAGUACGCCGCCACGGGAUACGUGUGGGAGCAGUACAGCGACUCGACGGGCCGGGGCCAGGGCAGCCACCCCUUCACCGGCUGGACUUCGCUGGUGGUGCUCAUGAUGGCCGAGGAGUACUGAUGAUUGUGUACAUACGAGGCGAGAGGCGCGUGGCGGAACAGCUGGGUGAGGACGGCUGGUCGUUAUGGCGUCCGUCGAGCCUUGUCCGUGGUGUGGUUUGGGGCCCCUGAUGAAAGGCAGAUUUUUUUUAAAUUAGUUUUGUCGUACGUAUGUGUGUAUGUUGAACUUCCUUUGCACCCUACGCAGCCAACCGUGCUAAUCGGAGGUGCGGGGGAAGGACAGCAAACUAAACACGUAAAUCAGUUCGACAGAAAUGAGUUGUCAAUCGAAAUGAUUUAAAAGUGCAUAGCUGCAGUGGCUUCCUAAUAUCAGAAAGAAGAGCAUUCCAGACGGCCGCAGAAGCCCAUUUGAAAGCGCGCGAUGCGGUGACCGUCUUUGUUUGGUGGCGAGCCAAAAGCCGCUGCUGCGAGGAUGACCGGAGUUGGCAUGAUGAUGGUUGUCGCUCCUGACGAGAUCAGCGAGGUAUUGUGGUUCAUUUGCGGCCACCACUUUGUGUAUUCGCAAUCGUGUUCCAGUUGUGCCGUCGGGGACCUCGCAGUGAGCAGUGAAUCUCACCCCGUGUGGCCGAGGGUGAUCCGCAGAAGCGUAUAUCACGGGAACUGCUUCUGAAAUCGCUUGAAGCAACCUUUUAUUAUUUUUUUUAAAUACACACACUCGGGGCUACUGCUGUAGAGAAAUGUUCACCGUACGACACUUGGACCCGUUGAUUUUUCUUUCUUUCUUUUUAUCAAACUCUAGGAGUUUUACUUUGUGUGCGCGCGCACGCACAGUUUACUGGGUGUAUGGGGGUGAGACCAUCAACUCCGCUACAGUUGAAAACCGGGUCUAACCAGAAGCCGGUCGAUGCGAGUUUCCAUGUAAGCCUCUGGGUGCCUAAGCAAGUCGCCGGGUGACCCAGCUAAGAGCGUCCAGCCGACUGCACUUGAGACCCCGGUUUUAGCCACAGGGUGGUUGCGAUGGAUCCCCAGAUUCACGGGCGGAGCCAAGGGGGUGACAGGGUAGACAAUUGUCACCCCCGAAAAAAAUCGAAAAAUCUGAAACAUUCUGCGUAUAAGUGUACGACACUCGGUCUGGCGGACUACGUGCAACUGCAUCGUCAGAGUGUUGCCAACCGAUGGCGUCUAGUUCAACAGCCUGACUCUCUCUUAAUCAUUCUUGAAAUUAACAUUUGUUGAAUGCCACCCCGGGCUGAAAAUCCUGGCUCCGCCCCUGCCCAGAUUUGAACCACGGAUCUCAGCGGUGCCACCUCAGCCACCAUCUCUCUUACACUGUGACCUCUCUGGCUGCCGUCCAUUCCCCCCCGCUCCCUCAUCUGCGAUGAAUGGUUCCUAUCGCCGUGCCGUCACUUCUCCGGCCACCAAGUCGACUGCAGAAUCCCGUAGUCUUCACACUUGGUGGUUCACGUGCGAUCGCCCAGAGACAACUGUGAUCACGUGACCAUGAGCACCUGGUGUUAAAAUAGCAACUUACACGUCUUUUGCUUGCCCGUUUUUGUUUAAGUUGCUAUUUCAGCAUUUUGCGAAUGCGCGGCCUUCACGCGGGGGCCUGGCCAUGGAGCCUAAAUAUUUUCUCAAGCUGCGAGCGAGCCAACUGCGUGGAAACACAUGCAGGCUCCUCCUCGGCGACACCACCACCCCACCCCGUGCACCCCGGGCCUCGUCCUGUUUGCCAGUCGUCGUGAAUUUGUAGCCGGAGGACCACGCAGCGUCGAGGCUAUGAGCGGAGGCAGCUUUCCUGUACCGGCGCACGUGACUCGCCGUGGCCUGCUAAUAUUACCGGCUCCACCACCACCACCACCACACCAUCCACUGACCCCCCCCCCUCCCCCCAAUUUCCCCCCCUCACCGCUUUCACGACCACUAAGCUGACCGUGCAGCCCAGAGCGCAAUGGGCGACGGCCCCCACCACUCUCUCACACGAGUUGUCGCAAAACACUGGUCGUAUCGAAAUGUACUAAGCGGGGAAGAGUCAACAAUGUUGAUUUUGUCGUAAUGUUUUAAUUAAUCGCCUUUUGGUUUUUUUUGUAAAACAAAAUAAAACACCCAAGACACGUCACUGAAACUCAA